AUGAAAAGACAGCUUGAUUUGACAUGGAGCAAUAUCGAGCCAAACUUGCAAACAAUCUUGGGCUCCAACUUCAACAAUGCUCAAUCUCCAAAAUUACAUAUGGAGACCUACACUGCUGUUUAUAAUUUCUGUUUGAGAAUGUCUCUAACUACAAACCAAUCACCAAGCUCAUUUAACUCUUUGAUUCUUGGUUACGACCAAGUCAUAUUCCAAUUAUACACAAAUGUCAGGGACUAUCUUGCUGAGUACGUCAAUAAUUUACAAAUCCAACCAGACGAGAACUUUUUACAAUUUUAUGUCAGAACCUGGUCAAGAUUCAAUAUCGGUUCUGCUUAUCUAAACCACAUUUUCGAUUAUCUUAAUCGAUACUGGUUAACCAAGCAAAAAACCGAUUACGCUAACGAUAUCUCUGAUAUAAAUACUUUAUGUUUAGUUCAAUGGAGAGAUUAUAUGUUCAAUCCAAAUUCCCGGGUUUUAAUCGACGAAAUUUUAAACCAAAUUGAAUUGCAAAGAAAUAAUCAUUAUAUCGAUACUUCUAUCUUAUCAAAGGCUAUCAGUUCAAUGGUUUUAUUAGGGAUAAAUAAUAAUACCACAUUAUCUCUUUAUAUUGACUGCUUUGAAAGUGUGUUUUUAGAAAGAACUGCUAAAUUUUACGACAACGAAUCAAAUGACUACUUAAAACACCACAAUGUAAUUGACUAUAUGAAAAAAGCCGAAAGCAGAAUCAAUGAAGAAAUCUCAAGAUUAUUCUAUUUAGAUGAUCAUACAAAGCCUUUAUUAAUUGAAACUCUCGAUAAAAGUUUGAUUAAAAAACACGCUGAAGAAUUAUAUAUUGAAUUUGAUAAUUUAUUAGCCACGAACGAUAACGAAAAUGUCCAUAGAAUGUACACUUUGCUAAAAAGAGUUCCUGAUACUUUGACUGUAUUGGCAAAUUUAUUCCAAAAUUAUGUUAAAAGAGAGGGCCUUAAAGAAGUUUUAAAUAUCAAAAACAAUAGCGCCACUACUGGUAAUGGUCCAGUCAAUGCCAAGUUAUACGUCAAAGUUUUAAUCAAAGUCUAUUUGAAAUAUAAAAGCAUUGUUAGGGAAGCCUUUGAAGACUAUCACACUUUUACUAAAGCAUUGGAUGAGUCCUGCAGAGAUUAUAUCAAUUUCAACUCAAUCGCAUCACCAAGAGUGAAUUUCAAUAAUACAGGAAACCUAGGAAAUUUAGGUAACUCCAAGACUCCUGAAUAUUUAGCUAAAUAUGCAGACAUGUUAUUGAAAAAGAAAAACAAAGAAAGUGAUAUCACUAAUAAUAUGAGCGAGGACGAUAUUAUGAUUAUUUUCACGUUUUUAAAUGAUAAAGAUGCAUUUGAGAUCCAUUAUAGAAAAUUGUUGGCUAAAAGAUUAAUAUACGGAACAUCUUCAAAUUUAGAAGCAGAGGAAAGCUUAAUUACAAGAUUGCAAAGAGAAAACUCGAUUGAAUAUACAUCAAAAAUGACCAAAAUGUUCCAAGAUAUGAAGGCGUCAGAAAACCUCAAAAACGAAUUUUUUGAUAAAGUGACAAAAAUACCAAAUAAGGAUGAGAUUAUAAAGGAUUUCAAUCCAUACAUUUUAUCAGAGACGAUGUGGCCAUUUAAACCAUACAAGUACAAUUUCAAGCUUCCUGAAGAAUUGGAGCCCACACAUGAUUUGUUGGAAUCGUUAUAUACGAUGAAACACUCGGGAAGAUUUGUCAAAUGGAUCUGGAAUUUAUGUAGGGGAGAAGUUAAGGCCAAUCUAUCAAGAUCGGGCAAACCGCCAUUUAUGCUAACAAUGUCGCUAUUUCAAAUGUCUAUAAUAUUGCCGUUUAAUAAGAAACCAACAUAUACAUUCAAGGAGCUCUUGGAUAUUACCGAAUUGCCCUCUGAGCAAUUAGCAGGAAACAUUACGCCAUUUGUCACAUUGAGAUUAUUGAAUCAAAGCCCACCAAAUGCAAUCAACCCAGACACCAAAUUCACAGUGGUCAAGGAGUAUCGAUCAAAAAGAAUGAGAGUCAAUUUUGCUGCCAACAUUCGAAUUGAACAAAAGCAAGAAGAGGAAGACACUGCAAAGGAGAUAUCCGACGACAGACGACUCUUCUUGAAGGCCUGCAUUGUUAGAAUCAUGAAGGCUAGAAAGACAUUGAAACAUGUCACAUUAUUGACUGAAGUGAUCAACCAGUCCCACUCUCGAUUUAAUGCUCAACCAAACGACAUCAAAAAGUGCAUUGACGACCUAAUUGAGCGUGCAUACCUCAAGAGACAAGAUGGCAACAAUGACGUCUACGAAUACCUUGCCUAG